AUGAAAAAGCAUCUUUUCAUACCCAAUCAUGACGAGAGUAUCAUCAGGAAUCUGACCGCGUCCGAUUUCAACAGAAUUUACUUUUACUGCCACAGAAUCAGGAUUUUCGGUCAGGAUGCCUUGCGUCCAACUUCUCGAUACCUUGAGGCACAAGUCCUCCCCAUCAUUUGGUCACGCAAACCCUCUCCAGGCCCUCUUCUGUCUAAUGUGUCAAAGGUCGGCCUCGUCGACGACAGCUUUGAUGGUCUUGCCAUCUAUCCUCGCCUCGUAAUCGGCCCGAAUGUUAUGGAAAUACGAGUCAGGGUCUCAAGCAAUGAAUUUUUGUGGGCAAAUGCAACAGUCGUGCUAAGGAAGGCCUCACUACUCAAUCUGUCAAUAUUCGAUCUGUUGGUCACUGAAAAAUCAUCAUGUCCGAAGGAGGCUGAGUUGCUGGAACUCUUGCCCACUCUUCGUGGUGUCAGGAAACUGAGCUUUGGUGACCCGGCGUUUCUCACAUCCCGUGCCAUAUCCAUUCUCGGUGCAUUCCCUAUGCUCCAAGAUCUCCAGCUCUCGGUUACAGAACAGGAGGCGGAGAACUGCAUUCCUUACGUUGCGAACAAUUUCCCGGCUAUCACUCACCUGGAACUUAGUUCGAAAACUAUGAAUGCCUGUCGAUUGAUGCUACUACAGCUUCAGUCAGGAACGUUACGGUCUUUGUCACUUACCCAAACCAGGAGCAAUGCUCACUGGAGUAUGAGAAGGCUUCUUACAAUACUCCACGAGUGCAACUUGGUGAGGUUGGAAAGCCUGUAUGUGCGCGAUUAUCCAGGGAUUAGCUCUGACUUGGGCUUUGGGGCCCCUACACUUGAAGAGUUUUUCAGUAUGGAUCCUUAUGCGUUUGAAUGCUUAAGUUCCUUCAAGCAGUUGCGCGACUUGCAUUUAGAGUCAUGUUUCGUCGACUUGGACAACAACGACCUUAUGGGGCUUGCCAAGUCACUGCCUCAAUUGCGUUCAUUACUGUUCUUGGAGGCUAUCAGUCACGACCCAGACAGCGUGCCGAAAUGCACAUUUACUGGAAUGCAGCAUCUUAUUGAGCUUUGUCCAAAGCUGGAAAGGCUGACGCUUCCCGUUGAUGCGCGUCAAAUUCCGAUACUCGCCACUCAACCUGAUGGAGAAUAUCCUUCAGGUCUUCACCUUACCACCCUCCAUCUCUACAACGCCCCUAUCUUGAAUGCUGAUGAUGUUGCAUCCUACCUUACCAUGCUAUUUCCAAUCCUUGCGGAUUUUUCUACUAUCUAUUAUCAUGAAGGAGACGCGGAAGAGGAUCUCGACCCUUAUCGUAUGAUUUGGCUGAAAGUAGAGGAACUAAUGGAUCGUUUAAGCGCUUGA